GCGCGAGAACACUUUUGCUGAGUGUGUUUGUGAUUAUUACUGUGUGUGACAGAGAGAGAGAGAGAGAGAGAAAUAGAGAGAGAGUGUGUGUGUGUUCGCGGAGGAUCCUCCAGAUGCGGGGUUUCUCCUCGUAAGAAGUUUCUCGUCAUGGAUCUGAUCGACAGAGGCGUGUGAGUGUUUCGUGUUACUGGUCUUGAUGGCUGCUGUUAUCGUCGCUCUUCUGCUCUUCUUCUUCUGCGCUCGAUCCCCUUCGCUCUCCACCGUUGUCUCGCGCGAUCAUGACCCCCCCGCCGCGCGCCGCCUGCCCGACAUCAUCAUCAUCGGCGUGAGGAAGGGCGGCACGCGUGCUCUCCUCGAGAUGCUCAAUCUCCACAGUGACGUCGUCGCGGCUCGGAGCGAGGUGCACUUCUUCGACUGGGACAGUCACUACCUGCGCGGCGUGGAUUGGUACGUGUCCCAGAUGCCGCUCGCCCGGCCGGGUCAGCUGACGGUGGAGAAAACCCCGGCGUACUUCACCUCCGCUCGUGUUCCUGAGCGCAUCCGACGGAUGAAUCCCGACACGCGGCUGCUGCUGAUCGUCCGCGAGCCGACCGAGCGACUGCUGUCUGAUUACACACAGGUCUUCCACAACCGUCUGGAGAAACACAAGCAGCAGCAGAUGCUCGAGACGCUGCUGAUGCACGACGGGGAGCUCAACCUCGACUACAAGGCCUUGAACCGCAGUCUGUAUCACCUCCACUUGCGACGCUGGCUCGACGUGUUUCCCAGGAGCCACAUUCAUCUCGUAGACGGAGACGCGCUGAUUCGAAACCCUCUUCCGGAGAUGAAGAAGGUGGAGGAGUUCCUUCAUCUGGAGCCGCAGAUAAACGCCUCCAACUUCUACUUCAACCAGACCAAGGGCUUCUUCUGUCUGCGCGACCGCCGGCGCGAGCGAUGCCUGCACGGCUCCAAAGGUCGCCAGCAUCCACGCAUCGCGCCUGAAAUCCUGCGCAAACUCUACGACUUCUUUCACGAACCCAACCAGGAGUUCUUCCAGCUGGUCGGGCGGACGUUCGACUGGAACUGAGAAGCAGAUAAACAUCCAUGGACUCAAACACAACGAAUCGCUCCUGAAGAAACUGGAACAUCUCCACAUGAAGCGACCGUAAUGUGACCAACUCUGUUUUUUUUUUUUUUUUUUGAUUUCUUUAAGUUAGUUUUUGACGAAUCGCUCACAGUAAGAUCAGGAUUUGAGUGGAGUUCGUUUUCAGAGCUGUUAACAAAACUUAUAUUUAUAUAUGGACAUAUGCAUGUGAAAUACAUCUAUACAUUUUCUUGCUGCUAAGUUUAUGAAUGUGUGUUUGUGUCUGUAUAUCAGUCUGUUAAAGCAAAGCUCCUCAUUAAUUUCAUGACAUAGUCUGUAUAUUUUGUUUAUUAAUUUUUUUUUUAUAUGAAAGAAUCUUUCAGUAAUAAAGAUAUUUUUGCUAUGA